GAUGUCGCUACAGGUAUAUCCAAAAAGUCAUGGCGGAUUUUUCAGUGGACUUUUACCAAUUUGCAGUGAUAUUUUGUGGGUAGAACUAUUAUUACCGGCGUAGAAUUAAUUUUUAGCUCGUUCUAUUAGUAAAUUGGUAAAAUAGCGACACGAGUCACAUUGAAGCCACUGGCCUGUUUCGCAAAUAAUAAUUACACUGCUAAGACGUCAGGACUUCGAUAGAUUGACUCGUCUCGAAUUUCGGGAGUCCAAGAUAAAUAGAUUUUAUACGUCGCUCCAUAUUGUAAUUAAUUUGCUACGCCUACGAUGACACAGUAGCCGGUGGGAGGCGUAAGACCGCCAUCACAAAUAACGUUUUAAAAAACAGAUAAGUGGAUAUAAAAAUGAAUGAGGGAGCGCCGGUAAUGUAUCACUCGAACGGGGGUUUCGGAGGCCCUGCGCCAGUUUAUAUGGUAGCAAAUGGAGAGAGGCAACGGCAUUUCGCCCUGGAGGCAUUGCAGGCUUCUACAGGGUCAGGAGGUCGAGGCGGUGGUUCGCCGGCCCAUCAGCAGGGCACGCCGCGACGCUGGCAACAGCGCCGGGACCGGCCGCACGGCAACAAGACAGAAAACACAGCAUUUGGAUAUGAUUCUGAUGACUCAAGUUUAUCAAGCAAUGCCUCGGGCUCAAACAAAUCUGGAGAGAAAGGGGAAGGUACCUCCCGCAGUUCAGAGCGCAGUAGCGCCAGUACGCCCAGCGGCCACCAGGGGAACUAUUCCCGCGAGUGGAGACCGCGCCACCGCCGCGAUCAGCCGGCCAGACAUCGUCGGCUGGCACCCGACCGGUACAUCAGCUCGGCGUACGCCUUCCAGGUCAAGUUUACGCCUGAUGACCUGCUCACUGGAUCGAAGUUCGACACGCUGUCGCAAGAGAUGUGGGACAAGUUCAUUAAGUCACAGCAAACAGAGGAGACGUUCAGGAAAAAGAUGACCCUCUGGAGAUAUCUGUACAUCAAUAUCAAGCGGAUAUUCCCCCGCUACUCGCUGUACGUGGUGGGUUCCACCAUGUCGGGGUUCGCACUGGACUCGUCCGAUAUGGACCUGUGUCUGUACGUGCGGCCGCUGGACAACGUGGAGCCGCGUGCGCAUGCGCUGCUACACCUCAACUACAUACUCAGCUAUAUACGGAGUUUUGAUCCCAAUGCAGAGCUGAUCCAGGCGAAGGUUCCGAUUCUGAAGUUCCGCGACCCCCGUCACGGGCUCCAAGUAGACCUCAACUGUAACAACGUGGUCGGUGUCAAGAAUACCAGCCUUCUCAACACAUUCUCCAGAAUGGACUGGCGCGUGCGGCCGCUGGUGGCGCUGAGCAAGCUGUGGGCGCGCGCGCACCGCAUCAACGACGCGCGCGCGCGCACGCUCUCCUCCUACGCGCUCACGCUCAUGGUCAUCCACUUCCUGCAGUGCGGCACCAGCCCGGCGAUCCUGCCGCGCGGCGCGGAGGUGGGCGAGUGCGGCGAGUGGGCGGAGUGGGGCUGCGCGCGCGCCGCCAACCGCGCGUCGCUGGGCGAGCUGUUCGUGCAGCUGCUGCGCUACUACGCCGAGUUCCCGUUCGAGCGCGCGUGCGCGUCCGUGCGCGCCGGCGCGCGCCUGCCGCUGGCCGAGUGCCGCGCGCGCGCCGAGCCGCACCAGUGGAAGCUGCUCAGCGUCGAGGAGCCCUUCGACCUCUCCAACACGGCGCGCUCCGUCUACGACCCUGAGACCUUCAGCAAGAUAGUGACCGCCUUCAAGGACAGCCACCGCCGCCUCGCCGCCGGCCUCCGCCUCGCCGACGCCUGGCCCGAGCGAUGACGCGCGAGUGAACUGUGAACGGUCCACAUUCCAUAGUGCCAUAUUGUUGAGUGAUUUCUAUUUUGUAGUGUUAUUUAUUGCGGCGAUUCGAGUGCACUUUUGUUUAGCGCUUCCAAUGUGAUCCGAUGGUUUCUCGGUGUGAUUUGUUUGCGAGAAACCGAUGUUCCGCGGCUCGUUUGCCACGCGCCAUUUAAUGUCGUAGGUGAUUUUGGAUUUCAUUGCAAAUGAUUUCGAUUUUAUCUACCAUUUUACAGAAGGAAAUUUUUCGCUUUAUACAAAGUAUAAAGAUGUAAAAAUCGUGGUGUAUCGGACCGCCGGGACGUUAUUCGGCACAUGAGCACGACAAUGCGCGUUCAUUCCAGCUUCCCAGUGGAUAAAUUAAACACAGUGAUAACUGUAAUUGCAGUCAAGCGGUCGGCACUCGUGUUGCAUGUUAUAUAUUUGCUGCCAAAACGUUACCAAAAACGCUAAAAUUAAGACUGAGUCAUUUCGCUAGAACUCCACUAAAGAAUUUCCUCCGCUGUAUUGAACGCAGUAUUAGAAGCUUAUCUGGUAUGAGUUCUAGAAAUUUAACACUUACUUCUUGCAUCACACUUAAGCUUGGAAAAUAUUAAUAAACUUGACUAAAUCACCCUGUAAAAAAAUGUUGCCAGUUUUUCCAAUUUUUUAUUUGUAAAGUUAUAUUUUCAAUAUCAAUGGUACCACAAUCAGACAUAUUUACUUUUGAACAAGCGUUAAGUUACAGCGAGGGAUUGUAGAUAAUAUCAUGUCGUACUCAUGACUUUAUUUAUGGCUAGUCACGAAUCGUCUGACCCUAUAAAGAGAGGGUUCCUUAUAUCGUGUGGUUGAAGGCUAAGACAAUAUGUGAGAAAUCGUAUUCUUUGAGUGACUCGCGUUGUUGACAGGCCGUUUUUAAUGUUAUAUUGUUUGUUAUAAGUUAUUUAAAUAAUAUAUAUUGUACAUAGUAAGAAUGAAAGUUACCAAAAAAAACAUAAAUAUUGGAAUGUUUUAAGGUCCUCUUUUUUAUGUAAAUAGUAUGUUGUGAGAGGGUAAUUGACAAAAAAAUAUUAUUAUUAUAUAUACAGUUGAGGUUGUUAGGCGCAGGCAGCCGCGGUUUAUGGGUCGGAGUUAUUCGGGUGUGGGGCUAAAUUCACGGCUUCAAACGCAUUUUAACGAAAGACUCGUACGCCAGGACCAAAGAUAUGGAUUCCAAUUCGGAAUGUUAAAUGCAAUAAAUUCUUACAAAUACCAACUUACUACAUACAUACAGAAACAAAUUGCGAAUUUAUUACUGUAUAUAUGUGGAGCUAUGGUUUUCAUGAAUUUAUUGUGUUAGAUAAUCCGAAUGUUUUCUUAUGUUUGAUUCCAGCAUAAAUAUAAUAUACCCUGUGCAUAAAGUAACAUGUUAAUAUCAUUUAUGGACAUCAUUACUUUAUGGACAGGGCCAAGUUAAAAAAACAGUUUUAAUGCGUUUUAUGCCGUAAGCAAUUUAGAAGAAAAUAUGCCUUAUAGAGCUCUGUUAUUAGACUGAAUAAGGCAUAUAUUCCUCUAAAUAUCCCCAGGACACGCAGGCCUGUUGUUGUUUUCCUAAUUAUAAAAAGUACAUUAAGGUGCUAUUAGAGUAAUUUGCUCCAAAUCCGCAAGUGCUAUUCAAGAUUCAGUGGUGCUAAAGUAUUAUGUUGCCUUAACGAGCGCUUGCCGGCUUCGGGGGCGGCGCGGGGCGCCAAAUGUUAGCAUAUCUUUAUAUUUAACGGAGAUUGUAAAAAAUGUUAUAUUCGCCUCGUGUCGCCUAUUGUUAUCGUAUAGACACAUAUAUAAAAAUAACAAUCAUUUUAAACUCUGAAUGAAAUAAUUAACCGAAUUUAAAAAAAAAAAAAAACAUGUCUUUUUUCGUUAUUUUAACUCAUGAAUUUCUAAUUUUACACAAGCUAAAUCUGCCAUUUAAACAUCAUUAGAAUAACUUCUAUAAUAACAUUAUUUGGCGGAUCGAUUUAUAUGUUUGGUUUUCUGUUAAAAUCGCAAUGAACUUGGCAAUACUUAACGUUAGAGGGGGUCAUUAGUUUACACAUCUAUCCGUCACUACCCCGCACCCGUUUACAACUGAAUGUUAGUCGAAAUGAUGCGCGGCAUGACGCGACAGAUACAUUGUUAUUUUAUAUAAAUAUAUUUUUUUUAAAUUUGCUGAAUCGCUCGGAACUUUUGUCACGUGUGGUAUCCGUUCGAUAUUUUGUGUUAAACGCUUGUCGAACGAAAAUCAAACGCUUCGAUAAUUUUGAAUGAAUCAUAAUAUAAAAAUGUCCCCCACUGACUUGUGGAAGUCUGUCCGCCGGCAUCCGAUCCUCCGCGGCGUCGCAGCUCGCUCGCCCGCCGUUUUUAUAAGCCUAUGUAUAAGUUUUAUAUCAAUUUUACAUAAGAGGCACUUGCCGCGCUCGAAUAAUAAAAAGUACAAUAAAUAAUUUUAAAAUGUGCUAUAAAUAUAUAUUUAAGAAAACUGAUUAUAGUUAACGAUGCAAAGUGUCUCAAAAACUGUUUAAUUUUUGAAAAAAGUUACAAAAUCCUCGAAACCAAUACAAAAAAAAUGAUAAUAAAAAAAUAAAAAAAAUCUAUAAAAAAUAUUUAAAAAAUCCCAAAAAAAAAUACACAAAACAAAAAUAAAAUUCUGAAAAAAUCUUUUUACUUUGACUUAUCUAAGGUCAGAUUUAUCGCAUGUUUUGACACUUUUCGGGGCGUCCAUCUGCCCCGCGCAUGUUCAUAAGCUGUUUCACGUUCAAUGUAAAAGUGUUCACACUUGGAAAUAAUUUUUAAUAGUGGAAAUAUCCCAAAUGUGAACAUUUUCACGCUGCCGAGAAACUUAUCCCGCCGCUAAUAUUUGGACCAUUUUGGAAGCCCGUCCUGCCCUCAUGCUUAUGAACUGAGAGGGCUGUCCUACUGUUCUAUUCGUCUCCGAUUUCUCUCUAGAGCAUUCUCGUAAUUUUCCAUUCGCAAAGCGAUCGAUCUAAUAGUAGUGGUGAAUGUUGACAUAGAAUUUUUCUUUGCCACCGCUAUUUUAAAUGAAAAAAUUUUUGGUCUUGAUUGGACAAUUUAAGUCUUAAAAAGCUCGUUUUGGAAGACAUUAGAAACGAAUUCGAGCAUAAACAGCGACCAGUAACAAUAAAGCACCUCGUAAUUUAACGCCCACAAAUACUAAAUACUUAGUCAAAA